AUGAGCAGUGCAUCGCCUGAAGUGGGUCCUUCUCAGGACAUUUUCACUUCCAAAAGUGUCUCUGAAGACCAGGGAUCGCACAACUCGAACGUGAUGAACGCUCCAGAGCCUAAGGCCAACAGAGUGGACUCCCACGACGAAAUCGACGAACUGAAAAAGGACGCCGAAGAACAGCUUGCCGGCAAAAGUUCGGCAGAUUUCGUCUUUGUAUCGAUCUGCUGUGUUAUGGUUGCCUUCGGUGGUUUCGUUUUCGGCUGGGAUACCGGUACCAUUUCUGGUUUCGUGCAACAGAAGGAUUUCAUUCGCAGAUUCGGUCAGAAAAAAUCCAAUGGAGAACAUUAUUUGUCCAACGUUAGAACUGGUUUGAUCGUCUCUAUCUUCAACAUUGGUUGUGCCAUUGGUGGUAUCGCUUUGGGUAAGCUUGGUGAAGUUUACGGACGUCGUCUCGGUCUAAGUGCCGUGGUCGUCAUCUACGCUGUGGGUAUCAUCAUCCAAAUCGCAUCUAUUGACAAAUGGUACCAGUACUUCAUUGGCAGAAUCAUUUCUGGUCUCGGUGUUGGUGCUAUCACCAUUUUGUCGCCCAUGCUUAUCUCAGAGGUUGCUCCAAAGCACUUGAGAGGUACCCUGGUGUCUUGUUAUCAAUUUAUGGUCACCGGUGGUAUUUUCUUGGGUUACUGCACUAACUUCGGUACCAAGAACUACGACAACUCUGUCCAAUGGAGAGUUCCUCUAGGUUUGUGUUUUGCCUGGGCUCUUUUCAUGAUUGCUGGUAUGUCUUUUGUGCCAGAAUCCCCACGUUACUUGGUCGAAUACGGUAGAUUGGAAGAAGCUAGACGCUCUUUGGCUCGUGUUAACAAGGCUCAAAUGGAGGACGCUGUCGUGACUCUUGAGUUGGAACAGAUUGAAGCAAGCGUCGAAGCCGAGAAAAUGGCUGGUGAAGCCCACUGGAUGGAAUUGAUCACUGGUAAGCCUCAAAUGUUGAAGCGUACCAUCAACGGUAUCGUCAUUAUGUCUCUACAACAGUUGACUGGUGACAACUACUUCUUCUACUACGGUACUACUAUUUUCAAGGCUAUUGGUAUGACUGACUCUUUCGAAACUGCUAUCGUUUUCGGUGUUGUCAACUUCUUCUGUACUUCUUUGUCGCUGUACACUGUGGACAAAUUUGGACGUCGUAACUGUUUGAUCUACGGUGCCAUUGGUAUGGUGGCAUGUUACGUUGUCUACGCUUCUGUCGGUGUCACAAGACUAUAUCCUGAAGGUGCUAAAAACACUGAUGUCACCUCCAAGGGUGCUGGUAACUGUUUGAUUGUCUUCGCCUGUUUCUACAUCUUCUGUUUCGCCACCACUUGGGCUCCUAUUGCCUACGUUUUGAUCUCCGAAACAUACCCCUUGAGAGUCAAGGGUAAGGCUAUGUCCAUUGCCUCCGCCUCUAACUGGAUUUGGGGUUUCUUGAUCUCCUUCUUCACCCCAUUCAUCACCUCUGCCAUCAACUUCUACUACGGUUACGUUUUCAUGGGCUGCAUGGUGUUCUCGAUCUUUUACGUGUUCUUCUUCAUUCCUGAGACCAAGGGUUUGACUCUAGAAGAAGUCAACGAAAUGUACCAAGAAGGUGUUUUGCCAUGGAGAUCUUCCGGCUGGGUCCCUGCCUCCAGAAGAGGUGCUGACUACCAUGCUGAAGCGUUGCAAAACGACGACAUGAACUUGCCAUGGUACAAGAGAUACUUUUAA